GCCCCUCCUCAGUUCUUACCCUCCUGUGCCCGAGGAGGGGGGGAGUCGAGGGGGUGGGGAAGAGUUCGUUGUUUGUUUACACGAUGUGAGCGGAAAAAGAGACCAAUAAAGUUUAUUCUGGAAACAAAAGGAAAAAAAACAGGGUGACAGAGAAAGGAGACGGGGGCGGGGGCCUGUGGCGGGGGCUGGAGAGAAGAGGGAGCUAGAAGGAGAAAGCGGCAGUUCCGGUGCCGCCGCUGCGGCCGCUGAGGUCUUGGGCUGCUGCUGCCGCGGCCGCUGGGGCUGGGGCCGCCGGCGAGGCAGGGCUCGGGCCCGGCCGGGCAGCUCCGGAGCGGCGGGGGAGAGGGGCCGGGAGGCGGGGGCCGUGCCGCCCGCUCUCCUCUCCCUCGGCGCCGCCGCCGCCGCCGCCGCCGCCGCCGCCCGCGGGGCUGGGACCCGAUGCGGUUAGAGCCGCGGAGCCUGGAGGAGACCCGAGCAUUUCUGCUUUGGGACAGCCACUCAUCUAAUUCCUUAAAAUAGUUUUAUAUGUAAAACUUGUAAAGGAUCAGAACAAUGCCUCCAAGACCAUCAUCAGGUGAACUGUGGGGCAUCCACUUGAUGCCCCCAAGAAUCCUAGUAGAAUGUUUACUACCAAAUGGAAUGAUAGUGACGUUAGAAUGCCUCCGUGAGGCUACGUUAAUAACUAUAAAGCAUGAAUUAUUUAAAGAAGCAAGAAAGUACCCUCUCCAUCAACUUCUUCAAGAUGAAUCUUCUUACAUUUUCGUAAGUGUUACCCAAGAAGCAGAAAGGGAAGAAUUUUUUGAUGAAACAAGACGACUUUGUGACCUUCGGCUUUUUCAACCCUUUUUAAAAGUAAUUGAGCCAGUAGGCAACCGAGAAGAAAAGAUCCUCAAUCGAGAAAUUGGUUUUGCUAUUGGCAUGCCAGUGUGUGAAUUUGAUAUGGUUAAAGAUCCAGAAGUACAGGACUUCCGAAGAAAUAUUCUGAAUGUUUGUAAAGAAGCUGUGGAUCUUCGGGAUCUUAAUUCACCUCAUAGUAGAGCAAUGUAUGUCUAUCCUCCAAAUGUAGAAUCUUCACCAGAACUGCCAAAGCACAUAUAUAAUAAGUUAGAUAAAGGGCAAAUAAUAGUGGUGAUUUGGGUAAUAGUUUCUCCAAAUAAUGACAAGCAGAAGUAUACGCUGAAAAUCAACCAUGACUGUGUGCCAGAACAAGUAAUUGCUGAAGCAAUCAGGAAAAAAACUAGAAGUAUGUUGCUAUCAUCUGAACAACUCAAACUCUGUGUUUUAGAAUAUCAGGGCAAGUAUAUUUUAAAAGUGUGUGGAUGUGAUGAAUACUUCCUUGAGAAAUAUCCUCUAAGUCAGUAUAAGUACAUAAGAAGCUGUAUAAUGCUUGGGAGGAUGCCCAAUUUGAUGCUGAUGGCUAAAGAAAGCCUUUAUUCCCAACUGCCAAUGGACUGUUUCACAAUGCCUUCAUAUUCCAGACGCAUCUCCACAGCUACACCAUAUAUGAAUGGAGAAACAUCUACAAAAUCCCUUUGGGUUAUAAAUAGUGCACUCAGAAUAAAAAUCCUUUGUGCAACCUAUGUGAAUGUAAAUAUUCGAGACAUUGACAAGAUCUAUGUUCGAACAGGUAUCUACCAUGGAGGAGAACCCUUAUGCGAUAAUGUGAACACUCAAAGAGUACCUUGUUCCAAUCCCAGGUGGAAUGAAUGGCUAAAUUAUGAUAUAUACAUUCCUGAUCUUCCUCGUGCUGCUCGACUUUGCCUUUCCAUUUGUUCUGUUAAAGGCCGAAAGGGUGCUAAAGAGGAACACUGUCCAUUGGCCUGGGGAAAUAUAAACUUGUUUGAUUAUACAGAUACUCUAGUAUCUGGAAAAAUGGCUCUGAAUCUUUGGCCAGUACCUCAUGGAUUAGAAGAUUUGCUGAACCCUAUUGGUGUUACUGGGUCAAAUCCAAAUAAAGAAACACCAUGCUUAGAGUUGGAGUUUGACUGGUUCAGCAGUGUGGUCAAGUUCCCAGAUAUGUCAGUGAUUGAAGAGCAUGCCAACUGGUCGGUGUCUCGAGAAGCAGGAUUUAGUUAUUCCCAUGCAGGACUGAGUAACAGACUAGCUAGAGACAACGAAUUAAGAGAAAACGAUAAAGAACAGCUCCGAGCAAUUUGUACCCGAGAUCCUCUAUCUGAAAUCACUGAGCAAGAGAAAGAUUUUCUGUGGAGCCACAGACACUAUUGUGUAACUAUCCCUGAAAUUCUACCCAAACUGCUUCUGUCUGUUAAAUGGAAUUCUAGAGAUGAAGUAGCUCAGAUGUACUGCUUAGUGAAAGAUUGGCCUCCAAUCAAACCUGAACAGGCUAUGGAGCUUCUGGACUGUAAUUACCCAGAUCCUAUGGUUCGAGGUUUUGCUGUUCGGUGCUUGGAAAAAUACUUAACAGAUGACAAGCUUUCUCAGUACCUAAUUCAGCUAGUACAGGUCCUAAAAUAUGAACAGUAUUUGGAUAACCUGCUUGUGAGAUUUUUACUCAAGAAAGCAUUGACUAAUCAAAGGAUUGGGCACUUUUUCUUUUGGCAUUUAAAAUCUGAGAUGCACAAUAAAACGGUUAGUCAGAGGUUUGGCCUUCUUUUGGAGUCCUAUUGUCGUGCAUGUGGGAUGUAUUUGAAGCACCUAAAUAGGCAAGUUGAGGCUAUGGAAAAGCUCAUUAACUUAACUGAUAUCCUCAAACAAGAGAAGAAGGAUGAAACACAAAAGGUACAGAUGAAGUUUUUAGUUGAGCAGAUGCGGCGACCAGAUUUCAUGGAUGCUCUCCAAGGUUUUCUAUCUCCUCUUAAUCCUGCUCAUCAACUAGGAAAUCUCAGGCUUGAAGAGUGUCGAAUUAUGUCCUCUGCAAAAAGGCCACUGUGGUUGAAUUGGGAGAACCCAGACAUCAUGUCAGAGUUACUCUUUCAGAACAAUGAGAUCAUCUUUAAAAAUGGGGAUGAUUUACGGCAAGAUAUGCUCACACUUCAAAUAAUUCGCAUUAUGGAAAAUAUCUGGCAAAAUCAAGGUCUUGAUCUCCGAAUGUUACCUUAUGGUUGUCUGUCAAUUGGUGACUGUGUGGGACUUAUUGAGGUGGUGCGAAAUUCUCACACGAUUAUGCAGAUUCAGUGCAAAGGUGGCCUGAAAGGCGCUCUGCAGUUUAACAGCCACACACUCCACCAGUGGCUCAAAGACAAGAACAAAGGAGAAAUAUAUGAUGCAGCCAUUGACCUGUUCACACGUUCAUGUGCUGGAUAUUGUGUCGCUACCUUCAUUCUGGGCAUUGGAGAUCGUCACAAUAGUAACAUCAUGGUUAAAGAUGAUGGACAACUGUUUCAUAUAGAUUUUGGACACUUUUUGGAUCACAAGAAGAAAAAAUUUGGUUAUAAACGGGAACGUGUGCCAUUUGUUUUGACACAAGAUUUCUUAAUAGUGAUUAGUAAAGGAGCCCAAGAAUGCACAAAGACAAGAGAAUUUGAGAGGUUUCAGGAGAUGUGUUACAAGGCUUAUCUAGCUAUUCGGCAGCAUGCCAAUCUCUUCAUAAAUCUUUUCUCAAUGAUGCUUGGCUCUGGAAUGCCAGAACUACAAUCUUUUGAUGAUAUUGCAUACAUUCGAAAGACCCUAGCUUUAGAUAAAACUGAACAAGAGGCUUUGGAAUAUUUCAUGAAACAAAUGAAUGAUGCACAUCAUGGUGGCUGGACAACAAAAAUGGAUUGGAUCUUCCACACAAUUAAGCAGCAUGCGUUGAACUGAAAUGAUAACUGAGAAACCGAAAGCUCAUUAUCUGGAUACUAUCCUGCACUGUUAAUAACUGUCAACAGGCAAAGACCGAUUGCAUAGGAAUUGCACAAUCCAUGAACAGCAUUAGAAUUUACACAAGAACAGAAAUAAAAUACUAUAUAAUUUAAAUAAUGUAAACGCAAACAGGGUUUGAGAGCACUAAACUAGUUCAUUUCAAAAUUAAGCUUUAGAAUAAUGCGCAAUUUCAUGUUAUGCCUUAAGUCCAAAAAGGUAAACUUUGAAGAUUGUUUGUAUCUUUUUUUAAAAAAGAAAACAAAACAAAAAAAACCCCAAAAUAUAUAGAAAUGAUGGAGAAGGAAAAAGAAUGAUGUUCUUUUUUUGUCUUGCAAAUGUUCUAUGUUUUGAAAUUGUGGACACAACACAGUCUAUUAUUGCAUUAGGUCCAAGGAAACUGAAGUUUGGUGUUAAAUUACAUUGAGAUUAGAAAAUAAUGAAGAUUUCUUAUUUUUUCAUUGCUGUUCAAUUUAUAGUUUGAGGUGGGUUUUUUGACUCCUUGUUUAAUGAAGAGAAAAAUGCUUGGGGUGGAAGGGGCUCUUGAGAUUUCAUCAGAGACUUUUCCUUUUUAAUAAAUCAAACCUUUUGACGAUUUGGGGUCUUAUCUGCAAAGUUUUGGAAGCAGUCACAAGUGAGACCUGUUAUAAGGUGGUGUUUUUGGGUUUUUUUCUGGACAGUAUUUACAAGAAUCUGAUUCUUUUUUCCCAGGGAAAUUCUGGGCUCCCACAAAGUACAAUAAUCAUCAGAGAGAAAGAAUGAGCAGGACUAGUUCUUGCUUCAGAAUUGUACAGUAUUCACAGUAGGUUGAUUUUUUUUCCUUUUGCAAUUGAAUUGAAUACAUUUUUUCAUGCAUGUUUCCAGAAAAUAGAAGUGAGUAUUAAUGUUAUUAAAAAGAUUA